GGUUUUCUUUAUCUUGUGAAGAUAUGGAUGUUUAAGACUAUGGGUACAGGAAUACUAUGAAUCCUAGUUAAAAUACCAGUAAAAUACCAGAUUUUUUUAAUCUGAUGUCCUCUGAUGAAUGGUGCGUUUGGCAACUGUAUCUUCAGCCUCCACCAAACGACACCGUUUCUUUCACUCUGUUUUCUUCACAGCCCCACCCUCAUCCUUUUCAAUCCAGCAACACAGAUCUAAACCUGCCACCGUUCAAAUCGCCUUGCCACGCCUUAGCCGACGUCGUAUUCUACUGCCACACUCCUGCCACACCCCGAAUGCCCCCAAAUCCCUAAAUCUGAGAGCUUUCUAGUCUAAAGAACAAAGCAUGAAACCAGUCUAUGGUUUCUUUAAAGAGUUUUCAUCCUAGGUUUCGUCUUUGAUUUUAUUUUUUUAUUUUUCUUGUGGUGCUAGGUUUCUAGGUUUUCUCUAUCGCGGCUUUUGCUAGGUUUUUUCCUGAAAACCCUCCCCCUCCGAAGAAAUUUCUGGGCUCCCCAUCAACAGAGAGAGCAGAAAGCUGCCCUCAAGGUUGCUGGGAGGUGGCAGCGCACUCGUUUCUGCAUAUGUUUCGCCAACGAAUUUGAAAAAUCUCUCGAACAACCCAAAACCCAUGUUUUUCCGCAACUCAAACUCAAAAUCCCACUUUAAAAGACUAAUCUUUUCUUCCAAUUUUUCAACCUUUUCCCUUUUUAUUCAUCAAAAACCUCCUUUUAGAUACACCCAAAAUCACAACUAUGUGAAUGUGUACAUGAAAUGGAAGAAAGAUCCGUUCUUUGACUCAAUAGUGCACAUCCAUAAAUCCAUAGAGCUUAAACCAAUUAUUCAACUCAAAAACUUCGUUGCUAAAGACCCCAGUGGUUGCAUCCCCAUCUCUGCUGUAUCAAAAAGAGGCUUAGAAUUUGAUAUUUCCAUUAAGGUUGCUAGGUUCCUAAGGCAAUACCCUUCAGUUUUUGAGGAGUUUAGAGGUCCUGAAUACAAUUUGCCUUGGUUUAGGUUGACCCCAGAAGCUGCUGAGAUUGAUGGAGAGGAGAAAAGGGUAUUUGAUGAAUGCAAGGAGGAUUUGAAGGAUAGGUUGAAAAGGUUUAUUUUAAUGAGUAAAGAUAAGGUUUUGCCUUUGAAGAUUAUUAAAGGAAUGGAAUGGUAUUUGGGGUUGCCUGAAGGGUUUUUGGAGGAUUCAAAAGGAAAUCUUGAUGAGUCUUUUAGGUUUAUGGACAUGGAAGAUGGGUUAAAAGGAUUGGCUGUUGAGAGUGAGGGGGAAAAAGUAUUGUCUACAAUGCAAAGAAAUGCGAUGAAAAAUGGAGUGUAUUUUGGUGGGACGAUGGAAGGAAUUGAGUUUCCAAUUUUUCCAUCAAAGGGUUUAAGGUUAAGGAGGAAGAUCGAAGGUUGGUUAAAUGAGUUUCAAAAACUUCCUUAUGUUUCACCUUAUGAGGAUUUUUCACAUUUAGAUCCUAAUAGUGAUGUAGCUGAGAAGAGAGUUGUAGGGAUUCUUCACGAGUUGUUGAGUUUGUUUGUCGAACACUCAGCACAAAGGAAGAAGCUUUUGUGUCUUAAGAAAUAUUUGGGGUUGCCACAGAAAGUCCAUAAAGCAUUUGAAAGGCAUCCUCAUAUGUUUUAUUUAUCUUUUAAGGACAAGACCUGUACUGCAAUUCUUAAGGAGGCAUAUUGUGGUAAGUCUGGUAUAGAGAGGCAUCCAUUGUUGGGAGUGAGGAAGAAAUACAUUCGAUUGGUAAAAGAAUCAGGUAGGAUUUUGAAGUAUAGAAAGACUAAUAAUCGGUUUAUUAAGCAAGAAAAGUUGGAGAAGGAUUUGGAUUUGGAUUCAGAGUCAGAUGACAGAACAGAGCUUCCUUUGUAAAUGGGGUGAUCAUGUUACAUUGCAAGCAGCUGCAGAUACGUAAUCGCAGCAUGAAGUUUCGAAAUUAUGUACCUCAUGAUAUACAGCUGCAGGAGGGUAAAGUUGCUCCCCCAGUGCUGCCAAAGUUUGAA